AUGGAAUGUGACUUGAAAGCUCUGCGAAUGUCACCUGCUUUCCGGAGUCUCUUAUUGCCCAUUUGCCAAAGACCCACUUCUUCGGUUCAAUUACAUAAGAAGAUUAGUCUCAGUUCCAGGUCACUAUUGCUCUCUGUUAAAUUAAAGCCCUCGUCUUGUGCUGCUCUGGAAGCGUUUGACUUGAAUCCCAUCAGUGAUUUGGCUCUCAGCGAUGUCUCAAACUCUGAGACUCAGCUUCAUGAAGUAAGAGUAAAUAACGGCAGUUCAACUAAUGAGGAAAUGGUAGGAAGCAAUGUGAAAACCAGGCCUAGAGUUUUCGAUAGCAAAAAGAGGCUUAUACAUUAUUCUGCGAUGCUUCGUACCUGUGUUUUGCAAGGGUCUUUGAAUGAGGGGAAGGCUAUUCAUGGACAGGUAAUAAAAAAUGGGAUUGAUCCAGAUUCGCAUUUGUGGGUUUCAUUGGUUAAUGUCUAUGGAAAAUGUGGGGAUUGUGGGUAUGCACGUAAAGUGCUUGAUGAGAUGCCAGAACGGGACGUCGUGUCAUGGACUACUUUAAUUCAAGGAUUUGUAGUUAAAGGUUUUGGUGUUGAUGCUGUUAAAUUAUUCUGUGAGAUGAAGAAAGAUGGUACGAGAGCAAAUGAAUUUGCAUUGGCAACUGGUUUGAAAGCAUGUUCUUUGUGCUUCGAUUUAGGUUUUGGGAAACAGUUGCAUGCUGAAGCAGUGAAACUGGGGUUCUUUUCGGAUGUUUUUGUUGGUUCCGCUCUUGUCGGUCUUUAUGCAAAAUGUGGUGAGAUGGUACUUGCAGAUACAGUGUUAUUUUGUAUGCCCGAGCAGAAUGUUGUAUCGUGGAAUGCAUUGCUUAAUGGGUAUGCUCAAGAAGGUGACGGAAAGCAAGUUCUGAAAUUAUUCUGCAGAAUGACGGAAUCAGAAAUGAGGUUGAGCAAGUUCACCUUGUCUACUGUUCUCAAAGGUUGUGCAAACUCGGGAAAUUUGAGAGGAGGUCAGUUUUUGCAUUCCCUAGCAAUUAAAAGUGGGUGUGAGAUAGAUGAAUUCCUGGGUUGUAGUCUCGUUGAUAUGUACUCAAAGUGUGGGAUGGCAAUCGAUGCGGUAAAAGUAUUCAGGAGGAUUAAAAAUCCUGAUGUAGUGGCCUGGAGUGCAAUUAUCACUUGCCUUGAUCAACAAGGGCAAUGCCAAGAAGUGGCUGAGCUAUUUCGUGAAAUGAUAAGUACAGGAAUCUCACCAAAUCAAUUUAGUCUUUCUAGUAUCAUCAGUGCUGCCACUGAUCUCAAAGAUCUGCAUUUUGGUGAAAGCGUCCAUGCUUUUGCAUGGAAAUACGGUUGUGAAUCUGAUAUUUCAGUCAGCAAUGCUCUAAUCACAAUGUAUAUGAAAAUUGGGCGUGUGCUAGAUGGUGCUCAAGUUUUUGAGGCAAUGACAGAUCGUGAUUUGAUUUCAUGGAAUUCCCUUUUAUCGGGAACGCACAAUCAUGAAAUAUGUGACCUAGGACCAAGAAUCUUCCACCAAAUGCUUGUCGAAGGUUUCAAGCCCAACAUGUACUCAUUCAUUAGUGUUUUAAGGUCUUGUUCUAGCCUCUUGGAUGUAGGCCUUGGAAAACAAGUACAUGCCCAUAUUGUCAAAACUAGCCUUGAUGAUAAUGACUUUGUUGGGACAGCUCUCAUCGACAUGUAUGCCAAAAUUAGGUUCUUGGAAGAUGCUGUGAUAGCUUUCAAUAAAUUGAGUAUUCGGGACCUCUUCAUUUGGACAGUCAUCAUUACGGGUUAUGCACAAACUGAUCAAGCAGAGAAAGCUGUUGCUUGCUUCAGUCAGAUGCAACAAGAAGGAGUGAAGCCAAACGAGUUCGCCCUUGCUGGCUGUUUGAGUGCUUGCUCCCGUAUAGCUAUGCUGGAAAAUGGGCGGCAGCUCCACUCAAUGGCAAUUAAGAGUGGGCAUUUGGGAGAUUUAUUUGUUAGCAGUGCACUUGUUGAUAUGUAUGCCAAAUGUGGAUGCAUAGGUGAUGCUGAGGAUAUCUUUGCGGGCUUAGUUUCACGCGAUACAGUCUCAUGGAACAUCAUGAUAUGUGGAUAUUCCCAAUAUGGGCGAGGAGAGAAGGCUGUUGAAGCCUUUUCAACAAUGUUGAAUGAAGGCACCAUACCAGAUGAAGUAACCUUCAUUGGUAUCCUUUCUGCAUGCAGCCACCUGGGUUUAGUUGAAGAAGGGAAAAAGCACUUUGACUCACUGAGCAAAGUUUUCAGGAUCACUCCUACAAUUGAGCAUUAUGCUUGUAUGGUUGAUAUUCUUGUUAGGGCUGGAAAAUUUAAUGAGGCUGAAAGCUUCAUUGAGACAAUGAAACUAACAUCGUAUCCCAUUAUUUGGGAGACUGUUCUAGGGGCUUGUAAGAUGUAUGGUAAUGUAGAAUUUGGUGAAACAGCUGCAAAAAAGCUUUUUGAGCUUAAACCUGAGAUGGAUUCAACUUAUAUCUUACUAUCUAAUAUAUUUGCAGUCAAAGGUAGGUGGGAUGAUGUUAGCAAAGUCAGGAAAUUAAUGUCCAGUCAGGGUGUUAAGAAAGAACCUGGUUGUAGCUGGGUUGAAGUUGACGGACAAGUCAACACUUUUGUCUCUCAAGAUGGUUCACAUCCAAGAAUCAGGGAUAUCCAUUUGAAAUUGGAGGAACUAGGUGAAAAGCUGAAUUCAGUAGGUUAUAUACCGGAAACAGAAGACGUGCUUCAUAAUAUCACUGAAAGAGAAAAAAACGAGCAUCUCCAAUAUCAUAGUGAAAGGUUGGCUCUUGCCUUCUCCCUUAUAAGUACCAAUCCUCCAAAAACUAUUCGGAUUUUUAAAAAUCUACGCAUCUGUGGAGACUGCCAUAAGGUUAUGAAGCUCAUUUCAGAGGUCACAAAUCGGGAAAUAGUUGUUCGUGACGUCAAGCGGUUUCAUCAUUUUAAGAGUGGAACUUGCUCCUGUAAUGACUUCUGGUGA